AGUAUAUUCUGACUCUACUUCUAUGGCUCAAAAGGAAGCAAAGGCUUCUGAAGAAGCCAAGCCCCCGUCCCCGGCGGAGACAUCCAUGAUUAUUGCUUCAACCGCAGCUCCGGCGGCUCCGGCGGCUCCUUCAUGGUUCACGCCCAAGAGGCUACUCGUUAUAUUUUGCUUGAUUAACUUGUUAAACUAUGUGGAUCGAGGAACAAUAGCAAGCAAUGGUGUCAAUGGGAGCCGCAAAACUUGUACAGAAAGUGGUGUAUGCACGCCUGGUACCGGGAUACAAGGGGAAUUUAACUUGAACAACUUUCAAGAUGGGGUUCUGUCAUCAGCUUUUAUGGCUGGACUUCUUAUUGCUUCUCCUAUAUUUGCAUCAUUAGCAAAGAGUGUAAAUCCAUUUAGGCUCAUUGGAGUUGGAUUAUCAGUUUGGACCUUUGCUACACUUGGUUGUGGUUGUUCAUUCGGCUUCUGGUCAAUUGCUGUUUUCCGCAUGCUAGUCGGUGUUGGCGAGGCUUCGUUUAUUAGUCUUGCAGCUCCAUUCAUCGACGACAAUGCCCCAGAUACUCAGAAAACUGCAUGGCUUUCUAUAUUCUACAUGUGCAUAUCAAGUGGAUAUGCACUUGGUUAUGUUUAUGGUGGGGUGGUUGGAAGUCACACCAAGUGGCGCUAUGCAUUUGUUGGGGAGGCAAUCCUUAUGCUUCCAUUUGCUAUUCUAGGGUUUGUUAUGAAGCCUUUGCAGAUGAAAGGUUUUUCUCAUCCUGAAUCAAAAAAAGCACCGAUAGCCGUGGAAACUGCUGUUGAAGAAGUUCAAGGUUCAGAUAUUUCGAUGAAGGAAGACGUCGGAGAUUCUACCAUACAAAAGUCUUCCAAUUCAAAAGUGAAUCCAAUUUCAAGGUUUAUGAAAGAUAUGAAGGUGCUUUUGGGGGAUAAGGUUUAUGUUGUGAAUGUUCUAGGUUACAUAGCAUACAACUUUGUCAUAGGUGCAUACUCAUAUUGGGGGCCUAAGGCUGGUUAUAACAUAUAUCAUAUGAGUGAUGCAGAUAUGAUAUUUGGAGGCGUCACAAUUGCGUGCGGGAUAUUGGGCACACUAGGAGGAGGCUUUCUUCUGGAUUAUAUGACUGGCACCAUCUCUAAUGCUUUCAAGCUUCUUUCAAUGGUAACAUUAAUUGGGGGUGCCUUUUGCUUAGGUGCCUUCUGGAUGAAGAAUUUGUAUGCUUUCCUAGCUCUCUUCGCAAUCGGCCAACUACUCGUCUUUGCAACUCAGGGUCCUGUAAACUACGUCUGUCUCCAUUGUGUUAAACCUAGCAUGAGGCCACUAUCUAUGGCGAUUUCUACGGUUGCAAUUCACCUUUUCGGGGAUGUACCUUCCGCGCCUCUUGUCGGAGUUCUCCAGGAUGCCAUUAACGACUGGAGGGCGACUGCUCUUAUUCUAACAUCUAUUUUCUUUCCAGCAGCUCUAAUAUGGUUUAUAGGAAUCUUUCUGCACAGCGUGGAUAGAUUUAACGAAGAAAGUGAGCAUCAGAUCACCACCAAAACCGAAACGUCAAACACAACACCAUUGGAUGAAGGGAAGAAGAUAGAAACAAUUGAAUCGAACCAUAAGACUUGAUUUUUUUUCUUUUAUAUUUCGUUGCAACCUGUACUGUUUUCUUAGUCCUUUUCUUAGUUAAAUGUUGAUGAUAUUGUACUCA